AUGGCUGAAAAAGUCCAGUAAAAAUAAGAUUUAGUAGAUUUCAAUAAGUAGAAUAAAUCUAAGUUUAGCAACAUUUCUGAAAUUUGUAGAUUAAAAAGCCAAGAAAUUGAGAUGGAAGAAAAUGAUGAAGGAUAAAUUGAAGAAGUUAUUUAUAAUAAAAAAUUAGAAGAUAUUAAUUUUGGAGGCAUUAUAACCAAAGGCGCUAUAGAAAAUCUUAUAAAGAAAAUAUAAUCUAAUCCUGAUAAAAUUACAUAUAAUUUUGCCAUGAAAAGACUUACAAUCAAAGCAAUUAAAGAGAUCGCAUAUUCCUUUACAUUUUUAAAUAAUCUGAUUCACUUAGAUCUACACAUAGAGUUAAAUGAAGUAACUGAUUAAGGUAUAACAUAUAUAGCCCAAGGCAUAAGUUAGUUAACUAAUCUUCAAGUACUUGAGCUAUACUGCGGAUGGAGCAAAGUAGGUCCUUAAGGCAUACAUAAUCUAGGAGAAUCUCUCAGUAAAUAUUGUCUAAAUAUAAAUCAUAUUGAACUUUACUUUUCGAGAAGCGAUUAGAUUGGGUCUGCAAUGGAAUAAUUUGCUUUAUUAGUAUAAAAGAUAAAAAAACUAUAAAAUUUAUUGCUUUAUUUAUGGGAAAAUAAAAUGACUGAUUAGCAACUACAGAUUUUGUGUGCUGGAUUACAAAAAUGUUAAAAACUUAAUAAAUUAACUAUGUUACUUGGUAAAAAUGAUAUAGGAGAGGUAGGAGUGUAAAGUUUAGCUAAUUCAAUAAAAUAAAUUCCAAAAUUAACUUAUUUAGAAUUAGAUUUAGGCGAAACACUUAUAAAUGGAGCAUGUAUGAACUUUCUUGGAAGAAGUAUGCUUGAAACACAAUAUUUAAAUUAUUUAAAAAUAAGUUAUAAGGACAAUCCAUAAAUUAUACAAGAGAUAAGAUAGAUUGGAUAAAUGAAAAAAAAUAUUCUUCGUACUAAAAGAUUAGUUUAAAUAAAAUAUUGA